UCUGAGAGAUUUGCAGAGUAACAAUAAACAUUCUAUCUUAAACGAAUAAAAUCCACCAAUGUGUAAAAUAAACGCACCAAAGUUUCCGUAUUAUAUGAUGUUUAGCACACGUCUGCAGAUCGUAUCUAUUUAUAUUCAUAAACCUGUAAAAAACACUGCCAUUGUAGUUUUGUUUGUUUCUACAUUAUUCGAGUAUCGCAUGUUUGAAAACCGGAUCAAAUAGGAAUAUCCAGCAUCCGACAUUGAAUAAUACGGGCUAACUGCAUACACGAACAUUAGAGAGUAAACAGUGCUGUAAAUAAGAAGAAUAACUCCAGGUGUUACAGCUGAGAUGAUAAAUAAUUGUAAAAGGAUGUUUAUUAAAGAAGAGAGUGAGGACAUGAGUUAUCCAGAACCAUGCAGUUCAAAUGCCAUGAAAGAUGAAGAUACUGAGGAACAAAAAGAUCUGAUGGACGUUAAAGAGGAAAGCCAAAAACUGAAUGAAGUGGAUGAGAAAAAACAUCCGUUUGAGACACUUAAUACUUUCAAAACUGGACAAAAAUCGUUUAGUGGUUCACAUACUAAAAAUUAUUUCUCGCAAAAAAGAAUUAAAAGAAAAAGAGCCAAAAAAUCUUUCACUUGCCAACACUGUGGGAAUAAAUUGACAUGUAAAGAAAAUCUUAAGAAGCACAUGAGAAUUCACACUGGAGAGAAGCCUUUUUCCUGCCAUCAGUGUGGGAAGACUUUCACACAGAACGCGAGUCUUAAUAGGCAUAUGAGAAUUCACACUGGCGAGAAGCCUUUCACAUGCUCUCACUGUGGGAAGAGUUUCAGACAGGCAUGUGGUCUCAAAGAUCAUCUGUCCUUUCACUCUGGAGAAAUGUCAUCUAGCUGUGAUAAAUAUGGCAAAACAUUUUCUUCAGCAUCAGUUUUAAUAAAACACCAAGAAAUUAAUCUAAAUGAAAAGCCUUACUUGUGUUCACUUUGUGGAAAGAGAUUUUUACAGCUGCACAGUUUAAAAGAGCACCAGAACCUACAUGCUGGUGUGAGAGAUCAUGUGUGCUCUGAGUGUGGGAAAGCCUUUCACAGAGCACGUUACUUGGAACAUCACCAAAGAGUCCAUACUGGAGAAAAACCUUACAAGUGUUCAUGUUGUGGUAAGAGCUUCACUAGUUCAGGAAACCUAAAAAAACAUGAGAGAGUGCAUACUGGAGAGAGGCCAUUCCACUGCACUUCAUGUGGGAAAAGUUUCACAAAUUCAGGAAACCUGAAAGCACAUGAGAGAGUGCAUACUGGUGAGAGGCCAUACCAUUGUAAAAAAUGUGGGAAGAGUUUCAUUGGGUCAGGAAACUUUAAAAGACACGAGAGAGUGCAUACUGGUGAGCGGCCAUACCACUGCACAUCAUGUGGAAAGACUUUUGCCCAAUCCAGUCAUCGGCAGACUCAUAUUAAAAAAAAUCAUUGUCCAGGGUUGUCACAGUGAGCAAAGUUAAAAUUUAUUUACCUUGCAAAUGGAAUAAACUGUAGAAAAAGCAAGAUUAAAUUUGUUUCAGAACAAUUGCAAAUAAGUGGGUGAAUUGCUACAUUGCCUGUUUUUCUGAAUGAGCUGUCAUUGUAUGUGAAGGGUAGAAAGAUUUUUAUACUUUCUCAGCAAACUAAAAGGAAGUCAAAGUAUUUGUUUAGAAAACUGUUGUUUUUGGUGCCUUGAAAUACAGAUUUGUUUUAAUGAUUUCUUCUGUGAUUAAAAGUAGGAAUAGUGCCAAGUUAUGUUAACAAUGACACAAAUGUUCUAUUAGUCUGUUAUUUCUCCAUUUAAUUGAAUAUUUGUAAACUGUGAUACAUGCAGAACUGAGUAGACUUCCAUCCACUGAAAUCAUUAACUACUAUAUGCUGUUAAAAAUC